AUGGAUAGAAAAGAAGAAGCGUCCUCACAAAAUUGUGUUAGUAAAUCUUUGUCAAAUGAUUUAAAGCCUGAAAAUCAAGUUUUGAUUACAAAAUAUGUUAAGAUUGAAUCAAAAUCAGCCAUAUCACAAAAUGAUUUCAAUGAAUCUUUUACCCCAAAGGUAGUUGUUAAAGAAGGUAGUAUAAUUAAUUCAGAAAAAGCUGAUGAAAUAAAAAUAGAAUCAAAAAUUACUUUGGACAAAUCAAAUAAUGACCAAAAUAGUUUUAUAAAAGCUGAUGAUGAAUCCACACAUAUUAUUCUGAAAAAUGAAGCAGAAAUUUCAGAAUUAAAAACAUCUCAAGAAAAUGAAGCAGAAACACAUCAAGAUCACCGUAAAAGCAGCGAUUACAUUAGCAAAAAAGAACAUAUAUCUUCUCAAUCAAAUGAAAAUCAUGAUGAAACAAAAAACACCGACGGAACAUCAAAAGAAAAUGAUCAAAGUAAAUUAAGUUCUUAUUAUAGAAAGCUAAAGAUGAUGAAAAAUAAAAUAAAAUUUCCAAAUUCAACAUCAAAAAGCAUUGAAAAACCAAAUGAUAUAAGUUCAGGAAAAAUAAAAGAGUGUCCUGAUAGCUAUAUUCUAGAAAGAAUUAAGAAAAAUGAACCAAAAAUUUCAAUAUCUCAUUCAAUUUCACAGGAAAAGAUAAAAUCUCAGUCAUUGACUGAAGAAAGAAAAUCUUUCAUGAAUAUUGCAUCUAAUUACAAUAAAACUCACCAGAAUCUCACAGAAUCACAACAAAAACAAAGAAUUUCUUUGUUUGAAAAAGAAAGCAAAGUUCCUGUUUUUUUCAAGAAAAUACAAGAAAUUCAGAAUGGUAAUACUGAUGAGACAGUUGUCAUUCAUGGAAAUCAAUCGAUUUUCGAUAGGUUGACCAAAAAUAUUUCAGAAUCCAAAAGCGAAGCUAUGCAUCAGGAAGAUUCACAUUUUAUGGCAAAGGAUUUCAUUUGUUCUCACGUCUUUGUUCCUUUCCAACCCAAAUAA